ACUUGGUGGCGUUUUCGCGGGCCGCUGGUCGAAAUAAGGUUCAACCAAACUUCCCAUCUUUGAACAUAUCCUCCGAACGCGACUCUACGGAGCACUGUGUACACAAUGGCGAACGUUAGCGAGACGGUGACGAUGAUUCCCCCUCCAAAGGGCUAUGUUGUCGAUUUUGAGAACCCUCAAAGACAGUACAAGACAGAGUCUUACAUCGUGUGCUCAGUGGAGAUGGUGCUGGCAUUUCUUUUUCUGGCACAACGACUUUACACCAAGAUCUUCCUCAUGAAGAAGUUCCAGAUUGAAGAUGCUGUCGUCAUCAUUGCCUGGUUAUUUUGCAUGGGAACACAGAUAUGUCUACUAUUGGGCAUCUCAGCUGGUGCAAUUGGGGCGCAUGCCUGGGAAAUAUCAAUUGAUUUAUACGGCUACUUCAGCAGAGUUAUUCUCGCUGCACCGCUGCUCUAUGCAAUUGGAACCGCUGCGGCAAAGUGCGCCCUCUCCCUAUUCUAUCGACGCCUCAGCCCCAAUCAGUGGUUUCAAGCAGCUGUCUGGUUCACACUUUUCGUCAGUGUUGGUGCGUACACCGGGCUCUUCUUCGCUUUACUAUUUGCUUGCAAACCUAUUGCUGCAAGUUGGGACCCCCUACUUCUUCCAACAGCCGUUUGUGUCAAUCGCGGAGCCAUCUACAUUACACAAGCCGUCCUCGGCAUUGUCACCGAUUGCCUGCUCAUCGCGCUUCCGAUUCCCACGGUGCUCAAGUUGCAGAUGUCAACCCAGCUCAAACUAGGCCUGGUUGCCUUUUUUGCUGUCGGUAUAGUGACCAUUGUCACAUCAAUCAUCAGGCUGAUCAUCCUUCUGCCGUCGUUGACUACCAUGGAUCAAACAUGGGUGAUUGGAGAGGGUUGUCUCUGGAUUUUUAUCGAGGCUAAUUUGCUCAUCAUGUGCUGCUGUCUCCCCACCAUUCGCCGCUUCCUGCGGCACGUUGCACCAAGUCUUAUUGGUGAAUCCUCUUCUGGAUCCGACUCCAAGUCAAAUUCAAACGGCUAUUCCCGUAAUGGCGGAUUGCGCACUUUUGGUAGUGGUGGUGCGAAACGCACAUUCGACUCACUCAUGAAUACUGUCGAUGAGAGAGGGAUUCCACUGAACUCACUUGAUGAGGUGCAUAAUAUGGAGAAGGGAGGAGGCACGAGUACAAACGCAAAAAGUGUGACUAGGGACAGCGAUAGCGAAGAAGCAAUCUUGUACGAAAGAAGUGUACAGGUCACGUAUGAGAGCAGGCAAGAGGGCAACACUGGCGACAAUGAUUUGGGGAGACUAGGAAACGGGUGGACAAUGCCAAGUGCCGAUGACAGGCAUUCGCAAAACAAAAACAUCUAGAGCUGCUAGAACAUAGGUUUACAAGGUUGUAUAGUAGAUAGAUUUUCGGAGAUGAGAAUACCCUUAGUUCCUUAUUGGAACUUUCAUAUGCUUACAGCGUAUACAUGAAUAUAUACCCUUUCCUUGAGCGCAAUCACGUGUGUUCCAUCCACCACAUGGGCAUCAAGAAAAAUGUAACUACCCAUACCGAACAUUGCCAGACCCUUCUCUAAACCAG